AAGUUGCUGUCAAAACGGAAAGCUGAAGUUACAUUUCUAUUUCCAUUACUGAUAUAUACGUUGUGUGUGUAUAAGAGCUGUUGCCCACUUGGCCGAAUCUUCUCGCAGCAACGAUGAGUGACACAGAGGAUGACAAUGAGAUCUCUUUUACAGUGAAGUUUCUCGGCCGAGUGGAGGUGGUCCGCCAUAACGGACUAAAUAUCCUGGAGGAAGCUGCUCAGAGUCUCAAGACGCCGGACCCACACGCUUCAGAAAAGGCUGGAAAGAAGAGCAAAGUCCAUCUCUUUGUGUCUCUGAGCGGCAUUGACAUCUUGGAAAACAAAACCAAGUUUCUGCUGUACACCUGCCCCCUCCCCACUAUUUCCUUCUGCGCCGUCUUGCCCUUGUCGCCCAAAGUGUUCGGCUUUGUGGCCAAACACCCAGCGGUCGACAUGUACCAUUGCUACUUGUUCAAGAGCGAGACUUUGUCGUACGUGCUGGUCUCGGCCAUCGGCGACGUCUUCCGAGCCGCGAAAAAAGAAGAGAGCGUCAGGGGCAGUCGAGAUCUGAUCGUGGAGGCACUCCGGCACAAGAACAAAAUGCUACAAAAGGAGAAUUCCGAGCUCAAGAGGAGGCUUGCGGACAAGAACAACCAACAAUAAAAAGAUGAGAUUGGAGUGUUUCUGCGCCUGCAUCAUCAUCACAUCAUUCUGGACACGACGAGUCUUGACCUGACUUUUAAGAUCAACUUCUUCCCGUCCUUUCCAUGAUGACUGAGCAGGCUGACCUCGGCACUCUAUUUCCGUCUUUUGUACGCACCAUCUUUCUUUUGACCUUUAACAAACAUUUACAGUUUUAGAUGUUUGAUGACUGACGAUCUGGUUCAGGGUUUCCCCCGCCUACUGCCCAAAAGACAGCUGGGACGGGCUCCAGUAUGCCUCGCGACUCUUGUGAGUGUAAAGCGGAUCAGAAAAUAAAUGGAUGGAU